AUGAACAUGUUGGACGUAGAAGACGACAGCUUUCACGUCACACGUGAAGGCUACUCCCAGCUGAAUGAAUCAGCGUGGGAGGUAGUCGGCCGCAUGAGUGUGCUCAUGGGCGAACCCGCCAUCAGCGGCAUGUUGGAGCGACGGGUGGGCGGACGCACAUGUUUUGACCCGAAAACUUGA